AGUAUUUUGAUAAAGAAGGUAUUUUACUAGAUUAUGAUAAGAUUGAAGAAAAUCCUGGUCUGAGACUUUUAGCUAAAAUUAUUCUUAACUCUUUCUGGGGGAAAUUUGGACAACGUUCAAACCUUACGCAAACAACCUUUAUUGAUGAUCCCGUUCAGUUCAUUGAUAUGAUGACCUCAGACCAACAAGAAAUCAAGAACGUACGCUUCAUAAAUGAUGAAGCAGUCCAGUUAGACUGGGCAUAUAAUACUGAUUUCAUAGAAACAUCAGGUAGAACCAAUGUUGUUGUGGCUGCAUACACAACCGCUCAAGCCCGUUUGAAAUUGUAUAGUUAUUUACAAGCGCUUGGAGACAGAGUUCUGUAUUGUGACACUGAUUCUGUUGUGUUCACCUCUUCCCAGGGACAGUGGGAACCCGCUUUAGGGGACUUCCUCGGAGAUUUAACAGAUGAAGUUCCUAACAAUCAAAUAACUAAAUUUGUGACAGGGGGGCCUAAGAACUAUGCGUAUUGUUUAGAAAAGCCAAAUAAAAAAGGUCAAUCUUCCAUUUGUAAAGUACGGGGAAUUACGCUAAAUUUUAAGAAUUCACUGGACAUUAAUUUUGAUACACUGAAAGAUAUGGUAACGGGACAGAUGCAAAACCAAUGCGUUAAGGUUGUAGACAUAAAUAAAAUCGUUAGAAACAGAGAAAUGUGUCACAUCAUAACAAAGACAGAAAUAAAAGACUAUAAAAUUGUGUUUGACAAGAGAGUGAUCUCUGAAAACUACAAUUCGUUCCCUUACGGUUAUUAAUAAUGUAUUGAGAAUCACAAUAUUAAGUUUAUUAUUAGCGUAUUUACUUGAAAGUAUAUGCAUUGUAUUUAUGUAUUUUACAUUUGUUUCUUGCAUUAUCUAUGUUGUAAUAACUGUAAAUAAAAUACGUCUAAAGUCACAAAAUCUUGUUCUGUUUUUCAUGUUCGUUUUAUUUACCCCACAGACUGUAAGUUUAAGAAUGUAGACAUCUCCACGUCAACUUUUGCAUAGAAAAUAGUGUGUAACAAAACAGGCCGUUUGUAUUUAAAGUGUACGCUUAGUUUCAGCGUAGUUGCAUUUCAAAAGGCCGAGUUAAAUUAUUUUCGUCUGAUAUGAAAUACUUAUUUUACUUCACGGAGGGUUUAACCCGCCCGAUACCUUUAAUUGGAAAAAGGGCGUCUGCUAGAUAUACACCAAUAUGGCGGCGCGCUGUC